CAUCAAAAAGCCUUUUGGAGAUUUUGGAACCUGCACCGUGUUUGUUUCCUAGUCUCUUUUUCUUUCUUUUUCCCAUUGUUAGUGUUUGUUCCCUAAAUAUAGACACAUAUUCCACACAAUUAUAUAGCCAACUAGGUUCAAAAUUAAUGGCUCUCGCGAUUUUGCGUGAACGGCUUCAACUUCUGAUGCCUAUUGAGGGUGAGGAAUGCUGGUUGAAGGAGAUGAGAGGGAACCUGGCCAUCUUAACAACCAUAGUUGCAAGCAUAACCUUCUUAAUUGGUCUGAAUCCACCCGGUGGGGUUAUCCAAAGCACUGACAACGGAUCCAUCGGACAAUCUGUGUUUGCUAUGGCAGACAGUAGCAACUACCAAGGCUACCUUUUGGCCAACAGUUUAUCUUUCUAUUCAUCUAUAGUUUCCUGUAUAUGGCUUAUAAGCGGUGCUCCGGUCCGUCCCGGUUUUCCAUCGUUGUUGUUGUCAACCCUUAUGAGCGUCUCCCUCAGUCUACUUGCCAUAUCCUACUCCUUCGGUGCUUUCAUCGUCAUACCUCACGACUAUCAUGUUUCCCGCUAUGUCUUCAACGUUUUCCUUUCUUUCUUUGCGGUUCUGGCGAUUCUCUUUCCAUGCGGCCGCUUUCUUCUAUUGCUUUUGCCCACUACACCACAAGAUAUGAAUUCGUCUUCACCUUAUAUAAAAGAAGUAUACGUCAGUUCCAAAAGAAUAAACGACAUUGGAUAUCUACAAAAAUAUUCCAACACUCAAGAUGCUCAUGAGUAAAUAUGCCAUAGAUCAAUUAUGUUGUUGACGGGUCAUCAUGUACAAUUCUAUCGUCUUUAAUAUUAUGUACGACUCAGUUAUCUUUAACUUUAUCAAUAUCUCAAUCAUUUUUAA